AUUUCAUUUUGAAGCUUUGAAGAGAUCGGUCAAAAAAUUUUAGUUUUAAAAGUAUUUUACACAUGUUCUGUCAUUAAAAUUUUCGAGGUCUUAUUAUAAAUCGACCCCCGAGUCGACCAAGUAAAAACCAAAAAUAGAAGCAUAAGAAGUGUUUUCUGAAGAAAAUGUUAAAUAUUCAUGUAUUCCUGUUUUAAUAAGUUCUAUGUUAGUUUGUGCAUAGUGGCUGAGUGAACGUUUUAGUUAAAAAAAAUAUUCUGAUAGAUUUGACAAAACAGACACAAAAAAAAGUUAGAAACAAAAAAAUGGCUAUAGCAAAACGCUUUUCCAUCGAUAAGUCUGAUAUUAAUACAGUUCCAGUUACAAAAUUCCAAGCGAUUGCCGAUUUUUUCGUAUUCUUAGGAUUAUCAGUUGCCUACGUUUUUCAGUCUAUUUAUUACACAAUUUGUGGGUGGCCAGAGAAAGAUCUAAACAAUGAGCUUUGUGUAAUAACAGGUGGUGGCGGUGGACUUGGAAGACUUCUGGCAAGACGAUUAAUCCGAUUAGGAGUUAAAGUCAUCCUUUGGGAUAUCAAUCAAGAUGGACUCGACGAGUCUCUUCAGAUGUUGGAGUCGUUGGGCGGUUGGUGCAGAACGCAAAAGGUUGACAUAUCACGGAGAGAGGAAGUUUACAAAGCUGCUGAAGAGAUUAAAAACAACUUUGGCGAUGUCACGAUGUUGUUUAACAAUGCUGGGGUGGUAUCUGGUCGCGCUUUACUUGACACGCCAGAUCAUCUUAUAGAACGUUCGUUCAGCGUCAAUGCACUUGCUCACUUUUGGACGGUGAAAGCUUUCCUUCCAACGAUGUUGGAGAAAGAUCACGGCCACAUCGUGUCAAUUGCUUCAAUGGCUGGAUAUGUUGGCAUUCCAAAGCUUAUUGAUUAUUGUUCUAGCAAAUUUGCCGUUGUUGGUUUUGACGAAGCUUUGAGGCUCGAGUUAGAGAUGCUUGGUGCAGAUGGUGUUCAUACGACAGUCAUUUGUCCAUAUUUCAUUCAAGCAACUGGAAUGUUCGAAGAUGUUAACUCUAGAUGGGUGAAUACUUUAAACUCUGAAAAUGUUGCUGAUCGUAUAAUUGAUGCAGUGCGUAAAAACGAGAAAUUCACUUUGAUUCCUUGGUACUUUAGCGUUUUAUUGGCAGUAAAAUGGAUUGUACCGUGGGGUUGCACAUCUGGUUUUCUUCGUCGACUUGUUCCAGAUGCAACGCCGCAACAUCAUUUAGCUCAAGGCUCACCUUCCAUUACGAAACAAGAAGAGAUGCAUUCAAAGAACAUUCACAUCAACAAUAAUAAUAACAACAACAAUAAUAUCAAUAACAAGUCGUUGCUGAUUCAACGAAUUUCAGCUAGUACACUUGGAGAGAGAGUCCUCUAAAACUUGUAAUAAGCAUUCAUCGGUUAAUGUAUAAGAUUUGUGUAAUGUUCAAUGAAAGAAGCUUUCAUUUGCAUUCUGGUAAUCGUAUCAAAUCGUGAUUAUAGUUUUUUAAGUUAUUUCGAGGUUUCAAAUUACCUUCUUAAUUUUUGGGGCUGAAAAACAUAAAUAUUAAAAUAUUUCAUUUAUUUUGUAUUGAAAAUAAAUUGAUAAGACCGAAAAUUAUUGAAAACA